CAAUGGACAUAGUAUAUAAAUAGGCUGGAUUCAGCAGAAUCCUCAGAUCUUGGCUUGCUGGCCCUCUUUCUUCCCCACUGAAUUCUGAUCCAAUAGGUGCCAUUUCUGCAAAAUGAGGGGUGCAAUCCUGGGUUUGGUUUUAAUCUCUCUCCUGAUAGCAGUCUCUGACGUAAAAGGUGAAGGGAAUUAUAUGAAGCUUUGUGGGAGAGACUUCGUAAGAGCUGUCGUCUUCACAUGUGGGGGAUCACGAUGGAGAAGGCAUCUGACUGACGAUCCACAAGAUCUAUUUCAAGACAGAGAAAGUCACCUGCAUUUGCCACGUGAAAACAGUGAUUCAGCAGAACCCUUGGAAUAUGGCAUUCAGAAUCCAGAACCCAUGAGGGAAGAAACCCUUAACAUCAAACCCCAGGCUCAGAGAGACUUAAGAGGCAUCAGGCAAAGGUCUACACAAGAAAGGCGGGAAGUGGUUUCGCUGCUUACUACAUCCUGCUGCAGCAUCGGCUGCAGUGAAAGAGAGAUAAGUUCACUGUGCUAA